AAUUGAUUCAAGUCAAGGUAGCAAGAUAGCAGACGACCGUGCCUUGUUCACCUGUAAUCUCUACUAUAUCCACGAGAUCUGCCCAUAGAGAGCCUGUAUGAUUUGUGACCGGAGUGGAAUUACUCUCGGAUAGAACCACUACAUAUACAAUUGCUUCCUACCCUUACAAAGGGUAAACACCAAGUAGACAGUAGACAAUGAAGGAAAAGGAAAAAUCUGGACACGGCGACCACUCUAAGAGAGGCCAGGACGGUCACCAGAAAGAUGACCAUGCUAAAGGUGGACAGGACGGAAGCCCGUCUGUUCAUCACAGAGUCAGAAAGGAUAGUCAUCACAAGCCAGGUCAUGAUGGAGGUCACCAUAAAGGUCAUCACCACGGCGACAAAAGCAGUCCAACGACGUCAUCACAUCCUAUACGUCCAAGGGCGGGAACUCUGGUUCACCGCGAUACGGCCCAUUCUAUCGUAUCUGGAAAGAGUGCUCACAACGCAGACAAGCGUAGUGUUGCCACCUCAGACGAAAUUCAGCCUAUGAUGGGAGUCAAACUUGAAAACACAUACAAACUGCAACCUGACUUCAUGUUUUAUGAGACACCAGUCAAAAAGAUUAUUUCUGACGUUAUACAGUCCCAAAUGACCAUGAAAACAUACGAUCCUGCGUCUAUGAGUAAACUGUGUGUUCUGGCAAGUGACAUGAUAAAAGAGAAAGUUAAACAACAAAUGACACUCCCGCGAUACAAGAUUGUCAGUUCCGUACUUGUGGGGGAGAGAGGGGAACGUGAUGCAAGUAUGUUAGUAUCUUCCAGGUGUCUCUGGGAUCAGCGGUACGACAAUCACGUGUCUGUUACGGUACAUAAAUCUGGGUACUACGUCAUAGGAAUGGUGUUCGCUGUUUAUGCAGAAUGACGUGACGUCAUAAAUAGGCUAGUAAUACAAUUACUGUUAAGUGCCAAAACUUUCUGGGUAUUAUUUCAUCCAUUAUGUGCUAAACAAAAAAAGUGCUGUAUCAUAUUGCUUUGUAUUUAAUUUAGUUAUGAAUAAAUGUGUUUUGUUUUCUGUCGUUGCGUUUGAUUUACACAGGUAUAUAUAUUAUUAUAAACGGCAGAUCAAUGCUUUCUUGCUUUUCUGUUGGUCGUUCUCUUAGUGGAAAUCCUGUAUUUUCUCUCAUAAAGGAUAACGUAAAUGAAACAAAAUGUUCUAAGAUUGUUCGAGUAGUAUUCAUUCUGACCUUGAAAUAAUUUUUCAUCAAUUUUUCUUAAUUUUUUUAAUCCGUUGGGCAGUGUCUAUUCUGUAUAACAUUAACUUUUCGUUGUUUUUAAUCUGUUGGGCAGUGUGUAUUCUGCAUACCAUUAACUUUUCGUUGUUUUUAAUCUGUUGGGCAGUGUCUUUUCUGUAUAACAUUAACUUUUCGUUGUUGACGUGGUUGCUGUAGGUGUUGAUUACUUAUUAUUAUUGAUUCUAACACGAAUCGUUUGCAACGCGUCUUUUGAUUGGUUACGGACCAUGUUCUAAUCUGCGAUAGAACCAUGAUCUAUCGUGUUAAGCCACGCCCCGUUUCUAA